GCCACAUGGCCCCAUUUUAUUCGUUUCAGCGUUUUUCCUGCCGCGCGGAUGUCGGGACCCUUUGAGCCGGGCCUCCUGAGUGAGGAUGGGCCCCGAGCCGGUGUGGCGCUGCUGGCACCGGCUGAGGCACCACAGGCGAGGUCCGUGACCCUGACGUCCGACCUGGGCAGCUUGAGAGCGGCGGUGCGAGACCAAACUCCGCCUGCGCGUGGAUUUGCGCAGGCCUUGCAGGAAGCCUUGGAGGCUUUCCGAGAGCUGCCCGCCUUCGACGUGGAGCCCGGGGACUCAUCGGAAGAGGAGGGCGGCAGUUCCGAAGGCAUUCGCCUUCGGGUGCGUCUGAGGAGGGAGGACGACAAGUGGGGUAUCAAAUGGCACAAGCAGGUCUUCAAGUCGUCGCAUCGCUUGGUGGUGGACGAGAUUGUGGAGGGCUCCCCCAUCGACCGCUGGAACGCCAGCCAGCCCCCGGCCCUACAGGUGCGCUACGGAGACCGCCUAGAGCGGCUGAACGGCGUGCGUGCGGGCAACGCCCCAGCGCAGGUGGCCGGCAAGUUCCGGGAGGAGCUCCAGAAGGAGGAGAUUCGAGCGCUAUUCUGGAGGCCCGGCACGCCGCCCAAAGAUGCCAAGGCAAAGGUCCUGGUGGCAGCUUCCGAAGGCUGCGGAGGCCUCGCGGCGGCUCAGGCCGCCUGCUGCGCCCAUGGCUUGCUCUACGAGGAGGCCAAAAAUGUGGAAUCCGCCUGGCGGCGACUCAGUGGACAGAGCCCUCAGGCGCUGGGCGAGUGGCAGACCAUGCUGGACACCCUUGUGAGCCCUGCCGAAUCAGCUGAAUCUGAUACUGGCAGGCAGGAGGAAGAAGUGCCGAAAGAGGCACCGGUUGAGGCCAGCGACGGGAGAGAGGAUCCGGAAAGGCCACUGGACGCCGAUGUCGACGAUAACGAAGGAGAACCGGAGGUGGAGAGGACCCCACAAUGGACCUACCGCUGCCGCAAGUGCGGAGUGGCGCUGUUCCACGACCUGGACGUGUUGCCACACCAGAAGGGCAAGGACCGCCUGGCCGGCUACGACUGGCGCUCCCAGGCGGUGGCAGCCGCAGCGGAGGGCCAUGCACUCUGCAGCUCCAUGUUUGUGCAGCCCAUGAAGUGGAUGGGGGACAUCACUUGCCAAACCGGGCGCCUGGUUUGCGGAAAUGGCCUUUGCAAGCAGAAGCUGGGCGGGUUCAGCUGGCACGGUCUCCCAUGCUCCUGCGGCGAGUGGCAGAGCCCAGCAUUUCAAAUCCACAAUGCGCGCUUGGACUGUAUGCCCGCUGGGCGCACAACACGGGGACCGACCCCCAGCGCCGUCUUCGAAGGAACUUGAAAAGGG